AUGGUGAACUGCUUAAGUAUGUUCAUGGCUGUGCUAGCCACGGCUAACGGACAUGCUACUUAUUGGAACACACCCAACAGUCUCCAGCCUGUUCAUGGACUAUAUGUAAAACCAUCUGUGGACGGAACGACAGGGGACCUGUACGUAGCAGCCACGGAAGAAAAUGGAGUCAAAUCACAAUGGUUAACUGACCAGCCCGUUAACUUUCUACCAGCUGCUACUCAUACACAACCGAUCGCAUAUUCUCCAAGUAUUGCCAGUCCAGAAGAAACAGUGAAUACACAGAAACGAGCAGUGGUAAACCCACCUGUACAAUACGCCUACGCAUACCCAGUACUGGGACAAACUGAAGGUAAUUCCGUUGUUCCUUACCCAUACCCUACCUCAUCAUCUAGUCCAGUACCUUCAAAUCCCACUGAAAUAUGCAACAAAGGUGACGUGCCUACCAGAACAACUACAACUUUACCACAAUACAACCCUUUUCACUACUUUUACCCGCAAAUAAUAUCAGCCUAUUCCAAUCUUAUGAAUCACCUCAAAGAGACAGAAAAUAACGAAGAAGAAACUGGCUCAGUCGCGCCUCAAUCUCCUGCAGUGUGGCCUGCAUCUUAUGGAUACCCAGUACAAUAUGUAAUGGUAGACCCUAAUAUGUGGGCACAGGCUCAGACAGCAUCACAAGCCUCUACAUCUUCAUCUACAUCUGCUGGUGUGACAGCAAACGACAACGAAUAA